GCUGCUUUUCGAACAAAAAUGUGUCAAUUAUCCAAAUACACAAGUUCAAUACAAGGACGUCAUAAGGGCAAUAUUUUGGAGAAUGGCUGACAAACUUUAUAUGGGAUUUGACCUGAGCACACAACAAUUAAAAGGUACACCACAAGCCCCGCAUGCCUGAGUAGCCACCUGGUGCUCACUCUAGAGCAGGAAUUGUGGUGCAGUCCGAUCUUAAAUUAGUGCACGAAGCAAAAGUCGACUUCGAUGCGGACCUGGGAGCCAAGUACGGCAUCCAAAAAGGCGUCCUGCAGAACAAGGCCGAAAAUGAAAUCUUCGCUCCGGUUGCAAUGUGGCUCGAGGCUAUGGACCUUGUCCUCACACGCCUGAAAGACGAUGGCUUGGACUUUUCAAAGGUGAAAGGUGUCAGCGGGGCGGGCAUGCAGCACGGGACAGUCUUCUGGAGCGAAGACGCAGACAAGCUUAUGAGUGAGCUGGCGCAAGGUGCUGGCAGUAGUCUGCUGGAAUAUCUAAAGCCGGGAGACGUUGGAGAGGCGACUGGUGCAUUUGCGCAUCCUCACAGCCCAAACUGGCAAGACGCCAGCACUCAAAGGGAGUGUGACAUGUUCGACGCCGCGCUGGGAAGCCCGGAAAAUUUGGCUGAGGUGACGGGGAGCAAAGCGCAUCACAGAUUUAGCGGUCCUCAAAUCCUACGCUAUCGAACGAAGUACCCCGAGCACUACGAGAAAACAAGCCGUAUAUCACUUGUCUCUUCAUUCCUUUCCUCCGUAUUGUUAGGAAAGGUGGCCCCAAUGGACAUAGGGGACGUGUGUGGUGCUAAUCUCUGGGAUAUGAAGGCGGGGAAAUGGAACGAAGAACUGCUGGCGCUAACAGCCGGCGGGACAGAGGGCGUGCCUAAGCUCAAGGCAAAGUUGGGAGAUGUGAGCGAGGAUGGCGGCAUUUCGUUUGGUUCUAUAUCGAAAUACUUUGUUGCGAAGUACGGUUUUGCACAAGACUGUCAAGUCAUCGCGGCAACUGGAGACAAUCCAAGUACGAUCCUCAGCUUGCCGCUUCGAGAGAGUGAUGCCAUGGUCAGCCUGGGCACCUCGACAACAUUCCUCAUGUCCACACCCAAAUUCUUGCCCGACCCUGCAUAUCACUUUAUGAACCACCCAGCGACGGCCGGGUUAUACAUGUUUAUGCUUUGCUAUAAGAAUGGAGGUCUCGCGCGCGAAAAUGUGCGCGAUGCUGUCAACGGCGACUCUAGCUCCAAUUCGUGGGAUAGAUUCAACGAGAUUAUCACAAAUUCGCCGCCGCUGAAUCAAAAGAAUGCAUCAGAGCCGAUGAAGCUGGGACUCUUUUUCCCACGACCGGAAAUUGUGCCCAACGUUCCCGCGGGAACUUGGCGUUUCUUGUACGAACACUCUUCGGGCAGGCUGGAGCCGACCAAGCUGCUAUCGAAAGACUGGCCAAGUCCUGACGUCGAUGCACGGGCUAUUGUGGAGUCUCAAUUCCUGUCUUUGCGUUUGCGAAGCCAGAAUCUUGUAUCACUGCAGAAGGACGUGAACGGUGCAGAACUACCUCCACAACCUCGUCGUAUAUAUCUCGUCGGCGGAGGGUCGCAGAAUGCCGCUAUCGCUGAAGUUUGCGCAGACGUGUUAGGCAGUGCAGAUGGGGUCUACAGGCUCGACAUAGGCGGCAACGCGUGUGCCCUGGGAGCAGCAUACAAGGCGGUCUGGGGUUGCGAACGUACGAAGGGACAGACCUUCGAGGAACUAAUUGGUAGUCGCUGGGACGAAAGCAAGUUUGUCAAGAAGAUCUGCGACGGCUAUCGCAAAGGAAUAUUCGAGAAGUAUGGCGAGGCGCUCAAAGGCUUCGAAGCAAUGGAGAAGACCGUUCUCAAGGAGACCGGCCUGCGUGCUGAAGAUGAGGCAAUCAACUCAAGACCGGAGCAAAGCGGCCACUGAAUUAAACCAUAUUAGCCAUGGACGUCAGAUUAUACGUCUCUGAGACGCUUCGUUUUCGAUACGUAGCUAGACAGAUCAUGAUGUGACAAUCACAUCUUCAAAUGCGCGUGAAUAUUGAAGGAAGCAACCUUAUAUUUACAUCGUUAUGUUGUUGGAGACUUGACUAGACAGUGAAUAGAUUUAUUCCAGCUACAAAUUUCGAAAGAAAUCUAGCUGAAAGUUGAUUUAGAC